AUGACCAACAUUACACUCAUUCCGAAAGGAGAGACACAAACUUCUCUGAAAGACUGGAGACUGAUAACUUUGUGCAACGUUCUGUAUAAGGUGAUUGCCAAAGUCCUUGCAAAUCGCCUAAAGAAAGUCUUAUUCAAAUGCAUCUCAGAUAACCAAUCGGCUUUCGUCUCUGGAAGAUCAAUUCUGGAUAAUGCUAUGGCAGCCAUUGAGGUGGUACAUCAUAUGAAGACUAAAACAAAGGGUAAGAUUGGUGAGAUAGCUCUAAAACUUGAUAUUAGUAAAGCUUACGACAAGAUUGAUUGGGAUUAUAUUAGGGAUUUCCUUAUCACCAUGGGUUUCAGUCAAAACAGAAAUGUUGGGGCUGAUGUUAAAGCUGUGUUGGCUGCAACAUUAGGAGUUCAACAAGUGUUAGGUACGGAUAAGUACCUUGGUGUCCCGUCCAUGAUCGGUAGAAGUAAAAAAGCAACAAUCAAGUACAUAAAAGAUAGGAUAUGGAAAAAGAUCAACUCUUGGAGUAGUAGGUGCCUAUCUCAAGCAGUAAGAGAAACUCUUAUUAAAUCUGAACUGCAAGCUAUCCCUUCUUAUAUUAUGAAUAUUUUCUUGUUACCAUCAUCUUUAAGUGAUGAAAUUGAGAAAAUGAUGAAUUCAUUUUGGCGGGGGCAUAAUCGUGACAGGGCCAAAGGUUUUCAUUGGCUUUCUUGGGAUAGGCUAUCUAUGACUAAGAAGAAUGGAGGUAUGGGUUUCAAGAAUCUGAGUGCUUUUAACUAUGCAAUGCUUGGUAAACAAGUGUGGAAUCUUAUGACGAAGCCAGAUAGCUUAGUUACCAGGUUGUACAAGGCUAAAUACUACCCCAACUGUGACUUUCUUGAAUCAUCAAUUGGGCACAAUCCGAGUUAUGUAUGGAGGAGCAUAUGGAGUUCGAAAUUUGUGGUUGGAGGAUGGUACAAAUGGAGUGUCGGUUCGGGAGAGAGUAUUCCAACGUGGGGUCAAAUUUGGUUGCAUGAUAGUACAUCGUUGAUGAAUCCAUGGCCGAAUAACCCGGUGAUAUCCAGACUGAAAGUUUCAGACUUGAUGCAACCAAAUGUCAAGCAGUGGAAUACUAACCUGAUUUAUUCUCUUGUAGGGGAGGGACUAGCGGAGAUAGUUCUCAAUACUCCAUUAUUUGGAAUGGUUCUGGAGGAUAAAACUGUGUGGAAAUUAGAAAGGAAUGGUGAUUAUUCAGUCGCUAAUCAAGAGCAACAAGCUGUAUUCGCUACUACCCUGUGGAGUCUUUGGAAAUGCAGAAAUAAUCAUGUUUGGAAUCAAAUUGAAGACUCUCAAGAUACUAUCUGCAAUCGUUCAAUAAACCUGCUUCAUGGAGGGAGAAGAGCACAACAUAUAAGGAAUAACAAUAUCUCUCAAUCUCAAAGUCCUAUGGAUCCUAAGUGGAGCAAGCCUUCGACUGGUAGUCUCAAAUGCAACAUAGACGCAUCUUUCUCUAAUAACAAGGUUGGUUUAGGUACUUGUAUAAGAGAUGAUAAAUGUUCCUUUAUUGCAGCUAGAACCGAGUGGUUUUCUCCCAUCACAUAA